ACGGACUCAUGCGAACCAGUCGCUGAAAAUCGGGAUGGAUGUCGGGAUACGGCAGCGGGCCUCCCCAAUCCACGCUUGCCAGUGAGUUAAAUGCUGUCCUCUCUAAUCGGGCCGUUUAGUCUAUUCACAAAGAAUGCCGAACCUCAAAAAAUCGUUCAACACGACUGAGGCGUCAAGUAACGCCUGACGGGAAUAGGCACCUGACUUCACGCCGCUUCGCGUAAAUCUGGAAAAAUUCUAAAAUCCUCGUAAAAAUCCUUAAAACAAACAACGUUGCGUUGGUUGCACUCGGAAACCGAAAGCGCGGAUUAUUAGUUUACCGAUGAGAGUGAUUUCCUGAAAAUAUUCCCCAAACAUGGAGCAUGAAAGCGCGGAUUACGGGCCACAAGAUGAUCUGCAGCAAGGACAUCCAACACCGCCGCCUCUUAACAAGCGCUCUUCCAAACAAAACAACGCUCUUCCGUUCUGGGGCAACGAAACCUCGAUGAACCUGAAUCCUUUGAUUCUAGCAAACAUACAAGGGUCUAGUUAUUUCAAAGUAUCUCUAUUCAAGCUGAAGACCUACCACGAGGUUGUGGAUGAAAUAUACUAUCAAGUCAAACACCUGGAACCUUGGGAGCGUGGCUCUCGAAAGACUGCCGGACAAACGGGAAUGUGUGGAGGUGUCCGGGGUGUUGGUGCCGGUGGGAUAGUAUCGACAGCGUUCUGCUUGUUGUAUAAACUGUAUACCCUUCGAUUAACUCGUAAACAAGUAAACGGUCUGCUUACGCACGGCGAUUCACCGUAUAUAAGGGCCCUAGGAUUUAUGUAUUUACGUUACACUCAACCUCCCGCGGAUCUUUUCGAUUGGUAUGAACCAUAUUUAAUAGAUGACGAGGAAAUCGAUGUUAAAGCUGGCGGAGGACAGACUAUGACGAUUGGACAAAUGAUAAGACAGUGGUUAACUAAAUUGGACUGGUUUUCUACACUUUUUCCUCGCAUACCGGUGCCAAUACAAAAACAGAUCGAUGCAAAGCUCGAACAGUAUGCAUCGGAGAAUGGGGUUUCGUUUGCCGAUACACAACCCGAUCGCGGUAGCAGUGGUGGGAAACAAGUUCGCCCCGUAGCUACAUCCGUAUCUCGACCGAUAAACGAUCGCGAAAGCAAUCGUUUCGAUCGGAGCAUUGGUAACAAUGAGCCUAUGUUCAAAGACAAAGUAAAGCGGGAUUCUUAUAAUCACUGCGAUCGGGAAGUAAGGGGCUCCAGAUAUGAUAGAGAAGAUGAAGACUUUUUAAAUCGUGAGCAACGCGAACACAACCAAUCAUAUCGGCAUACGAGGGAACGGAAUGAAAGAGACAGAGAUCAGUCCAGACCAGAGCGACGCCAUCAUUGGGAUCGUGCUCGUGAUCGCGACCGCGAUCAAGAUCGUAGCAGAGAUCGUAUUAAAGAAAGAGAUCGUUCACGGGAUCGCAACUCUAACCGGAAGGAAAAAAGUCGUAGUGGUCGAAUGUCACGGAGCCGAUCUAGGGACGAUUAUAGAGAACGGCGGGAACAAAGCGAACGUGAUCGGCGACAUCGUUAGGGAAUGAAUUUUUAUGUUGUUACCUUAUUUUUGUCGUACAUGUGUGAGUGAGUGUUUCAGAAGCAAAAUUUCUGCUGUAUGAUCAUGGAAGGAAAUGACGGGAAUCGCCUACUACAAUAAGAAAGUGUUGGGUAUUAGGUAAUAAGCUAGAAAUGGAGUACCUUAUGCUUGAGAGGUGUGUAGAUUAAUUUGAGACUUAAGACCUUAAGAUGAAGAUUGAAUUGGAGGGUAAAAUCUUGACGUUUUGCAUCCCCGACUUCCCUGCGUGAUCAGGUGCCUUUGAGUGGCGUUUCAAUACAGUUAAAACUAAGCACAUACAAGGUGCACUAUCUAGAUGGUUCGUUUUUAAAUGUUGUGUAACUCCGCCAUUUCUCAGCCAAUUUGGGAAAAUGAACAAAAUUAUUCAGGGUAUACAAUGCCAUUUAUUAACAGUUUACUCAGAAUAAAAUAUUGAUCAAAUGACCGUCUGCAUUAGACACACGAAAAGCGGCCCUUUUUGGGCAUUUUGCAUUUGACAGUAUUUCGGGCGCAAUAUCAGCAAUUUCUACUCUGAUAUUAGCUUUUAGCUUUUGAGUAGUCUUCGAUUUGCUGGGGGAAAAAGGGGCGAGAGGUUUCCCAUUUUUCUUACGAUACAGUUUUUACUGUUGAACGAUUAUUUUCAAUGUACAGCACUACAAUUUCUGUCCGCCUUUUUUGGCGUAGAUUAAUCCAUGAUUAAAAUGGCAUAGGCUGACAAUUCUAAAUCUUUCCAAUUCAUCCAAAUCGACUGAAAAUUGGUGGGGUUUCUCAACAUUUAAAUAGCUCUUGUCUAGACGGCGCACCCUGUACUUGUUAGGGCGUUGGACAUCUACCAGGUAUUUGUUUGUUACAUUUUGAAUUUGUCUUUUUUUAGAUCUUCGCGUGAAUUCGCUCUUUCGCAAGAGCAUAAUCUCCAUGCACUACUACAACUCACUACUAGAUUACCUCAUAUAUCUUCGCACACUAAUUACCUCAUACUAUUUGCUUCACACUUUGUUAUUCAACAUAGCUGUCUAUAAAAAAGUUGGAGAGUGAAAAGGGAAAUUAUGGGUAUCUGCAAAAUGCAAGAAGAUUAAAGUUGCACUAGUAUAUAGUUUCAGGCUAAUACUGCACACAAUGAACAGAAGAUCAGUAAAACGGUGUCAGGCUUUGGACAGCGAUAUCCUUCGUCUUGUACUAAAGCAGCAGCAUAUUUGCAACUAUGUUAUAUAUUUAAAAUAACCGAGUAUCUAAAGAAGCCGUCUACCUCACUAAAUCCCAUGUAAGACCAAGAUUCUACAAUACUUGAGGUCGUUUUCAGGACCUUGGUGGAUCGGCAGGUUUCGUGUGAAACUAGAUUUUUGUUAUUAUUUUUUUUUAACAUAUCGCGAAAUGAAAGCGUUGCGUAAUAGUGAUCUAUUAUAUGAAGGGGGUUAGCUUACAUAGCUAGGGAUUUCAUAUUUGUCACAAGAGCAAUGAUCAACACUACAAAAACCAUUUCUGUAUGCUUCAAAAAUAUAAUAAGGAUAGUUAUGUGUAAGUAGCAGGUAAAUGUACUCUUAUAGGCAAAGUUACUGACAAAUUACGCAUUAUGCUUUCAUUAUUAGUUACAAUCAAAUAAACAAAUAAAUGAUCAGUUAUGCUUGCAUUGAAGCAUAACCCCUGAACCAGA